ACUACUCAUCGACCACUUGUGUAUAUUGGAAACGCAGUAAGAACGAAAAGAAGACGGAGACAACUACAGCGAGAAGCUGCAGUUGGAACACCUAAGUUAGAAUUAUUUUGGUCACCUAUGGUGAAUAGACAUAUGAAUAUGGAUGAUGAUGGUAUGAGUAAUACAAUCAGUUCGGAUAGUGAUUCUGAAACUUUUGGAAGUGAUUUUGAAGUUGAAACUGUUGAAGAUCGUAAUAUCAUGUCCUUAGAAAACUUGAACCAUGCCAUUAAACAAUUGGAAAAAGAAAUCAAGAGUGAUAAAUAUAGUGAGGUGGUAAAGGCUCGCCUUUAUACAAUGCUGUCCUAUUUUUGUCUUGUAGAGCGUGGCCAGAAAAGGAUUGAGGCAAGCAUCAUCGUGGCAGAAGCAGCUGGGAAAGGUGUUUAUCAUGCUCAUUGCAUACGUGCAUGGGCAGUAAAUUACAUUAAAAAUGGCGAAUUUCCAAUUUCUAGACAAGAAAAUCAUCCAAAAACUUGGAGUUUUUUAUGGGAUGAUGAUGUUUUAAUUCAGAUUAAGUCAUUUCUCCGAUCAAAUAAGUGGAAU